AUGGGCUUCAUGUCAAGUCUGACCUCUGCUUCUUUCUACUUACUUGGAAAACCUAGAUCUAAAGAGCUCAGGAAAAGGACCAGUAUAGCAAUGGAGUUGGUCACCGAGCAUCCCAUUUUGUUCUUGGAUGAUCCCACCACUGACUUAGACUUGAGAACUACUACUGAUGUCAUCUCGGGCCUGAAAAUGAUGUCUAGGAGGGGACGGACAAUCAUCUUCUCCAUUUAUCAGCCCCCAUACUCCAUCUUCAGACUGUUUGACAGCCUCACCCUAGUGGCCUCAGGAAAAGUCAUGUUUCACGGGCCUGCACAGGAGGCUUUGGAGUACUUCAAAUCCGCAGGUUACAACUAUGAGUCUCACAACAACAUUGCAGACUUUUUCCUGGACAUCAUUAAUGGAGGUUUCUCUGCUCUACUAGACACAGAGGAAGAUGGCCAUGAAGUCGAGAAAGAUAAAGAGCUUUCCGAGAGACAGCACCAAGUCAGAGAAAACUUAGCCAAUAUGUAUGCCCAGUCUUCCUUAUACAGAGAAAUGAGAACUGAACUAGAUCGACUCUUGGGGGAACAGAAGUCAGGGAGGAGCUCAGCCUUGGAGAUCACGUGUGUCACCCCUUUCUGGUAUCAGCUUGGAUGGAUUAUCCACCGUUCAUUUAAAAAUAUCAAGGGUUUUCCACGGAUCAUUAUAAUUAAGGCAACUAUCACAGCCAUAGUGGCUAUCAUUUUGGGUACAGUUUUCCAUGUCCUACGAAAUGAUUGCACUGCAGUCCAGGGAAGAGCUGCCUUGCUCUUCUUGCUCACAAGCUUUGAAUGUAUCACAGGCAUGACUACAGGGGAACUCUUCGUGAUUGACAGGGAUCAUUUUCUACAUGAGCACACCAGUGGAUACUACAGAGUGUCUUCAUAUUUCCUUGGAAAAUUGCUGGGUGAACUGGUACCCAGGAGGUUAUUGCCGAGUAUUAUAUUUACUGUUAUAGUAUUCAGCAUAACAGGAGUAAUAACAGAUGUGAAGGGUGUAUUCACUAUGAUAUUCACCAUCAUGAUGUUGGCUUGCUGUACCAGUUCCGUGACACUGUCUUUAGGAGCAGGGGAGAAUGCAGCAGCUGUACCAACAGAACUCAUAACCAUAUAUUUUAUGUUCAUGCUGUUGAUCUCAGGUCUGUCAUUAUAUUCCGUAAACCUCAUGCGGGACCUCUCAUGGAUUAAGUCCUUGAGCAUUCCUCACUAUGGAUUUAUAGCUUUGCAACACAAUGAACUCGUGGGACAAAACUUCUGCCCAGAACAUAAAACAGCAGAAGUCAGUGGAUGUCAGAACUUUGUAAUGUGUACUGGUGAAGAAUUUUUGAUAAUCUGGGACAUUGACCUCUCACCAUGGGGAUUCUGGGAGAAUAUCGUGGCCUUAACUUGUAUAAUGAUUAUUCUCUUAUUAAUUACCUAUGUGCAGUUAUUAGUUCUUAAGAAAAAGAGAUAUUUUAAAAUCACUCUUCCAUUUUCUUUUAAUUGACCUUUAAAAAACAACGACUAAAAUCCUUCUUUUUUGUAAAUCCAGACCUCCCCUCCCCCCCAAAAAAAACCCAGUAACUAGAGUCUUAGAUUGUAGGGCAGAAACUGUCUUCAUUUGCUGAAAGAGAUGUGUUUCUGAAUGUCUUCUAAAUAUUUACACUUACACUCAUGGACACAUGCUGCAGCUAGCAUUACCCAGGAAAGAUUCCCACUGUAAUGAACUGCUCAAAGGACUAGAGUAAGUGACACUUGAGUGCUUAACCCUAAACAGGACACCUAUACAACUCCCUCCAAAGCUUAGAAGAAGGAGUGGAAAGAGUACAGGAGGCAGAAGAUGAGAAAAACAGCUGGAAAUGCUCUAUUGUGGGCAUGACACAGCCCUUGCAACCAUGGUCUGUCUCACAACAUCUGCAGAUCCCUGCACAAGACUUGGUCCCUCAUGAGCACAACAAUGGGCCAUGCCGCACUAGGCUGAACUGGUAGAUUAUGAGAGAGAGGCAGUCAUUGAUUUCACAUGUAUACUCAACAGGAAAGACAGCAGCUAGGCUCCUGUGGACAGUCUAAAACCAUGGCCACACAGACAACACUGGUUAAACUCUGUGGGUCACAAGACAAAACACAAAGAUAAAAAUGUGGGAUAGGGAAUUUUGAAGAAGGUUGUUUGAACAGUUGAUGGGAGAUAAGAAAGAUGGGGAUGAGUGAGAAUGGCUGAAAUGUAUUAUGCACAUAU